GCCAGUCCCGAAACCCAGCUUUAGGCCGGCACGCAACGGGAAGGAGGCGCCGAGGCCUAUCCCGGACUACAGCUCCCGGCGGGCAGCAGGGCUGUGGGCCCCGGAAGUGGAAGGGUUUGUGUAGCAACGGAGGCAGUUAGUGGAUUGCUGAGAGGAGCCGUAGGGCUGGCAGGGAGCUAUUUACAGAAUACCAGAUUGGAAGGAACUGCAAGGAUCAUCUAGUCCAAACUUUCAGGUUGUGUUGUCUGUAGGUAAGCCAUGUCUGUUCCAUCUGACGAAACUGUGGGGGACCUGCCUGUGAGAGAUGUAGGUCUAACUCCAGCGGGAAAUGGUGGAAUACAAGAACCAUCGAUGACACAGAAUGCAAAAGCUCGACAGGCUGUGUCACGAAUCAGUCGGGAGGAGCUGGAAGACAAGUUUCUUCGUUUACGUGAUGAGAACAUCUUACUCAAACAGCAUGCAAAUAAGCAGGAGGACAAAAUUAGGAGAAUGGCCACCAAGUUAAUACGGCUUGUUAAUGACAAGAAGAGGGCUGAGCAGGUUGGUGGCGGCCCCAAGCGGCUGGGCCAGGCUGUGGAGCUGGAAGAAAUGAUUGAAGGUUUGCAGGAGAGGGUGCGGGAGCUCGAGAAACAAAACGACAACCUCCGCAGCAAGCUCAUUUUAACUAAACAGCAGCUCCAGGUUAUGGGCCGCAGGCCUUAUUCCUACGUUCAGUCUCGCAUCAACACUGGCCUCAAAAAAGUGAGUGAGGCUGCUGGCAUGGCAGGGCACAGAAAGAAAGGAAUGAGAUUUCAGGAUUUAGAAGUGAGAUCACCUAACCCUGUAGUCCCAGUUGAUGGACAGAGUCCGCUUGAAGAUCCAAGGGCUGAAAUAAGAAAUUUGGAGACUGUGAUUGAGUCCCAGAGGGAACACAUUGAGGAACUAGAACGUACCAGAGACAUACUUGUGAGUCAGCUAAGCAGGAAGGAGAAGGAAGUUGAAGAAUCUGUCCUACGGCUGAAAGAGCAAGACACUACGAGCCGAAGGCUAAACAUUCGAGACAACGUGGAAAUGAUCAAGGUCCGUAAGCAGCUGGCUGAGAAAAGCAAUGCCCUUUCAGCAAUGGAAGGAAAAUUUCUCCAGCUUCAAGAGAAUGAAAAGAACCUGAAGACCAGCCAUGAUGCUUUAAUAGCAAAAAGCAAUGAACUGAAUCAGCAGCUUAAAGAAGAACGGUUAAGGUCUCUUCAUCUUCAGGAAGAACUGCAGUUAGUAACUAUUUCAAACCGAAGGACGGAGGAGCUGCAGGAAAGAAUAAGUGAUCUAGAAAAAGAGAAGGAACUCUUGAAGCAAGACUAUGACAAGCUAUGUAAUAGUGUCUUCAGUAUGACCCAUGAACAGCAGUGGAAGUUAAAGGAACAGCAGCUGAAACUGCAAAUUGCUAAACUAGAGACUGCUAUCAAAUCUGAUUUAGCAGACAAAAAUGAAAUCCUUGACAAGUUCAAAGUAGAAAGAGACCAAAAGGAAAAGUUGAUGCAAGAGAAUAAAGACCUGCAGUUAUGCUACCAGAAGCAUAAGCAACAACUAGAUGAACUGAAAAAUCAUGUGAAGUUUCUGACCAAGGAGAGUGAUACUGAUGUGGCAAAACUCAAUGAAGCCCACUUGCUUAUAAAGGUUCGAAAGCAGCAGCAGAAUGAAGACCUUAUGUUUUUGGAAAAAGUAGAAGAUGAUGUCCCUAAAGAUUUAGAACGCUCCAUGCGGGAGCUGCAGCUAACACAUGCGGAAACAGUGCAGGAACUUGAAAAGACAAGGAAUAUGUUAAUUGUGCAGCAUAAAAUUAACAAAAAUUAUCAGACUGAAGUGGAAGCAGUGACACGAAAGAUGGAAAGUCUACAGCAAGACUAUGACUUAAGACUAGAACAGUCUGCCCAUCUUCUUGAUAUUAGAGCUGCGCGUAUCAGAAAACUAGAAGCCCAACUAAGAGAUAUUGUCUAUGGUACAAAACCCCAUAAAUCCAAACCAGAAAUAUCAUCAGGUGAACCAGUGGAUGAAUUUAAUGAAACUGUGUAUUUAGAGAGAGGAGAGAACCUUUUUGAAAUUCACAUCAGCAAAGUGAUCUUCUCUGCUGGAGCUAUAAACGCUUUUGGUGACCGUGAACCUGCAACCUUUUGUACUUACGGAUUCUAUGACUUUGAACUUCAGACAACCCCAGUCGCCUAUGGGCACAGCCCAGCAUACAAUUUCACUUCUCAGUAUUUUGUCCUUGCUGAUGACAACUUUUUGCACUAUAUACAGCAAAACAGUGUCACACUUGAAGUUCAUCAUGCAUAUGGCAUCGAUUAUGAAACAGUUGCUACAUGUCAACUGAAGUUCCAUGGUGUUUUGGAAAACAAUGGGAAGAUCUACAGCACGGCAAAUUUAGUUGGUAUCAAAGGAAACAUUCAGAAUUAUGGUACUGUAGAAUACUGGAUCAGGUUACGAGUUCCUAUGGAUCAAGCUAUUAGACUCUACAAAGAAAGGUCAAAGGCUCUGGGCUAUAUAGCAUCCAGUUUUAGGGAACAUGAGCAACGAUCCCAGCAGCAGAUACUCAGAACUGCCCAAGUCAGCACUUCAACAGAUGGCAAUUUAAAUGAACUCCACAUUACAAUAAAAUGUUGCAACAAUCUACAAGCCCGAAAAAAACAUCUUCAGCCAAAUCCUUAUGUUGUCUACAAGUUCUUUGAUUUUGCAGACCAUGAUACUCCCAUCAUUUCCAGCAGCAGCAAUCCACAAAUAGAUGACCAUAUGUGUUUCCAAGUGCCAAUGAACGCAGAUUUAGACCGAUACCUAAAAUCAGAAUCCUUAAGCUUUUAUGUAUUUGAUGAUGGUGAAGUGGAAGAAGGUGCUUAUGUAGGGAAAGCCAGUGUGCCUCUUAAUUCUUUAGCACAUGACAGAUCUAUCUCAGGUACUUUUGAACUAACUGAUUCUGAAAGACAUGCUGCUGGCACCAUCACAGUUGAAUUAAAAUGGAGUUUUGUCUACCUACCACCAAGUGGAUCAACAAUGGCUACAGACUUAGCAAGUUUAAUUCAAAAUGAGAAAUCAAUGGCAACUGAAUUACUGGCAGAGGAAAAAACACAGACUUCAACCCUGUUGCCUUCUUUUACUUCAUCAGUAAUAAAGCCAACCCCCAAACCGAGGCAGCGUGCAGCUCGAGCAGACAAGAGAGUAUCUUUUCAGGAUCUUACUACAAUACAGGUGGAACAUGUGGUACAUGAGGUUAAACAAGAAAGUCUGGCAGAUGAUAAGAUAAAGGAAAUGGCUGAAGAAAUUCAACAGGAAAAAGACCUCUCACAUCUGUCAGAGGGGCAGUUGGCUGACCAGAGCUCGAUUGCCUCUGGAGAUGAGACAGAAAUAGCUGAAGAAUUGCAACCAGAAGAUCAAGAUGAUAGACAAGAAAGUGAUGCAACUGAGUCAGUGAUAACUGACAGUGAUGACUGUAUUGUUUCAAGUCCCCUAUCCAAGAAUAUUAUAAAGGCAACUGAAAGAAUCAGGAUUGAAAUUAUAUCGCUCUGUCUUACUGAGUCAGGAAUUGCAUCAGAUGAAACUAUACAGCAGCUGUUUGUAGAAUGCAGAUUAUACAAUUUCCUUGCAGAGGAGACCCCACUGUCACUUCCAAAACCAACAAGUGGUCAGAGAAUUCACUUUAACUAUAGCAGUGUGAUACAUGUGGAUAUGGCAAAUAAUCGUGCAAGAAGAGAGUAUCUCAAGUCUAUGCUUCUAAAGCCAAAUCUGCAUACUGACAGCUUACAAUUUACAGUGGUCAGUGAUCCCCCAGAAGAUGAACAGGAUCUUGAAUGUGAAGAUAUUGGAUUUGCUUAUGUCAGUUUAAGAGAGAUACUUCAGAAGCAAAGAGACAUCAUUGAACAAGAUAUUGAUGUUUUCGAUUCUCAAGAUGAUACUGCAGUAAUUGGAAAGCUCAAAGUAACAGUGGAAGCCCUCCAUGCGCUGCAUUCAGUCUAUGAGGAAUGCAAAGAUGACUAGGAGGCAUGAAAGGGAAGUUUGCCUACAGAAGUUCCUUCUCCCAGUAAAAAUAAAUGCUUGAUAGUGCUUCAAAGAUAGAUCUUUGUAAUUCUUACAGUGUAUUUAAUGUAUAAUUUAUAUGAAAAGGACGCUUGAUUUGUAGUUGUAAAGUUUUGUAUACUUUUUAGUCUGUUUGUUUUUAUAUUUCCCCCUUAAGGCUAAGAAUCUCUCCACAAUGGACAACGUCUUGUAAAUAAUUAAUACCUACAUGAUUGAAUGAUGUGCUUUAUUUGCAUUUUCAAGAUCUUUUCCUACAUAAACCAGUAAUAAAAAUGCAAGUCAAAUUUUAAAUUUUUAAUAAAAAAACCAUAAGCCUUAGAAAACUGAUUAAAAAUACUUUUAUGUUAUCCCUAAUCACCCCACUAAAUGGAAUGCCUGUGAUUAGCCUCAUUAAGAAUUUUAUACUGUGAAGAUUUUAUUAAAAGCAAUAUAUGAAAAUUA